AUGUGUGGCGUGGUAUCGGUGGUGUGGGUGGAAGUGUCAUGGGUCGGGUGUGGCGUUUAUCACCUGAGGGAUGCGAGCUUAUUAUUCUUGCCUACUCCGUUCUGUCAUCUUUGCUCGCUCACCCCUAUUUCCCCCUCCCUCCCCCCUUCGAUUAUUCUGGGAUGCUCUAGAUCAACAGAUGAGAGAGGAAUACCCAUCCGUCGUCUAGCUGUAUAUCAGAAACAACCUGGCUGCUCUUGCUCUUCCACAUCCUCAGGUUUUCGCUGGAAACUUUCCUCCUUCUGCCCACUCGCUCCGGGAACCAUGGAUACUGAGCACACGUACAGUACUAGGUCCUCUUUCUGA